AUGUCGGGUCGUGGAAAGGGAGGGAAGGGUUUGGGAAAGGGAGGAGCCAAGCGGCACAGGAAAGUUCUUCGCGAUAACAUUCAGGGAAUUACCAAACCUGCCAUUCGCCGUUUGGCUCGCAGAGGCGGUGUUAAGAGAAUCAGCGGUCUCAUCUACGAGGAAACCCGUGGCGUCCUCAAGAUCUUCCUCGAGAAUGUUAUUCGUGACGCCGUCACCUACACUGAGCACGCUAGGAGAAAGACUGUUACUGCCAUGGAUGUUGUUUAUGCUCUCAAGAGGCAAGGCAGGACUCUCUAUGGUUUCGGUGGUUGA